AGACGGCGCUCGCACACUCACCGCCGAACUGCAGUGAAGAAGAGAGAACAUGUCCAAGGAGAAACUGAAGCACCUGCCGGAGUCCACCUCUGUUUUGUGGCAGUUUGGAGGCGCAGCAGGAACCUCAGCAGCUCUGAGCGUGAUGGAGUCAUCUUCCUCAGAUACAGAAAAACCCAAAGAGAUCAGCAUAGAGGAGCUCUCUCUAUACACGACCCCUCAGCAGAGGUUCCACUACGUGGAGCCAGAGAAAGGAGCGAUGGAGGAGAACGUGACCACGCUGAGGAAGAUUGCUGAGCCUUAUAUUAUGUGGUGUCAGGGAGCCUACGGAGUGGUGAAGCCCAGAGUGGACAGAACAGUACAGUUUGGCCAAGACAGUUACGCAUAUUUGAGAAAUCCUCAUCCGGAGUUUUAUCCCAGAGCCGGAGUCAUCGGAUUCGCCGGCAUCCUCGGCCUUUUCCUGGCAAGAGGCUCCAGGAUGAAGAGGUUGAUUUACCCGACAGGUUUGAUGGCUGUUGCUGCUUCUAUGUACUACCCUCAGGAAGCAGCCACCAUUGCCAAGAAUACAGGUGAUGCUGUGUAUGAUUUCACACUUCAGGCUUACGUCACUGUUGAAAAGCUUGUUACAGGAAAGUCUACAGCCGAGCCCAAAGAGAAAGUGAUGAAGGCAGAAGAGAAACCGGCCAGUGGAGAGACGAAAGUAUAGCUACGGGAAAUUACAUCAUAACACAGCUUUUGCAUUAGCCACACCCCUUGACCGUCAGUCACAGCAGCAGGGGUGGGGCGUGUUGAAGCUGCUGAAACGGUAUUUUAAUGUAUAUUAUGUACAAAAACAAAUAAAAACAUUUUAAUUUCAUAA